AUGAUUGUCCAAAUAGAUAAAGGUUUUUUUAGAUAUAAACAAAAAUACAAUCGAGAUAGACAACCAACAAGAGAGAUUUGGGUAUUUGGACUAGCUGAUUGUUCAUUUACACCAGCAAAAAUCUCAUUGCAUUUUGUUCCUAACAGAACUGCUAACACUCUACUACCAAUAAUAGAACGAGUUUGUGCCACAGAAACAAUAAUCCACAAUGAUCAGUAG